UCAAAGAUCGUACGCAGCCCUUCGAGGACUUUUAAAGAUAUCUAAAUUUCAGAAGCAGAGCUUAUUACUAUCCGUGGCUGAGGAAAGCUUCCUCCUCCCUCUCUCUCUCUCUCUCUCUUUCUCGUCCCCUUGUGCGUCAACGUGGAAGAUAUAAACCUGCGCGCCUUUCAUCUCUCUCUCUCUUUCUUUAUCUCUUCGGCGAUCUCUUUCUUGGUCUAUGCUGCUUCAAACUGGCCUUGAAGGUUUUGGAUUCUUUAGAGCUGACGAUUGCUAGACAUUGAAAGCUUGUAAGUGGUGUGCCUUUUGUAGUAAUGACUUGUUUCUCUUUCUUGUCGAGAAAGAAGGAAUCUUCUUCAGCUAGAGCAACUGUUGAAUUUGAUGAAGAGGUUUCAGGCAUCCAGAAUGUUACACAGUACACUUACAGAGAAUUGAAAAAUGCUACUGGUGAUUUUAGUCAAGCAAAUAAAAUAGGGGAAGGGGGUUUUGGUUGUGUCUACAAGGGAAGGCUUAGAGAUGGUAAGGUUGUUGCUGUCAAGGUACUAUCAGCCGAAUCAAGGCAAGGGGUUCGAGAGUUCCUGACAGAGUUAAAAAUGAUAUCAGAUAUAGAGCAUGAAAACCUAGUCAAGUUGUAUGGUUGUUGUGUGGAAGGAAUCCAUAGAAUUUUGGUGUAUGGCUACCUUGAGAAUAAUAGUCUUGCACAGACUUUCCUUGGAAGCCACAGUAGCAUCCACUUUGAUUGGAAAACACGUUAUAAAAUUUGUAUUGGUAUUGCACGCGGGCUAGCAUUUCUUCAUGAGGAAGUUCGACCUCGUAUUGUUCAUAGAGAUAUCAAAGCAAGCAAUAUCCUCCUUGAUAAAGACCUCAAUCCCAAAAUUUCGGAUUUUGGUCUCGCAAAGCUUAUUCCAGUCAACAUGACACAUGUCAGUACACGUGUUGCCGGAACAAUAGGUUAUUUGGCACCUGAGUAUGCAAUACGGGGACAAUUGACACGUAAAGCAGAUAUUUAUAGCUUUGGGGUUCUCCUCCUUGAAAUAGUAAGUGGCAGAUGCAACACCAACACACGGUUACCUGUUGAAGAACAAUAUCUUCUUGAAAGGACACCCUUUGUGGGAAUUCUCCUCUUGCAGACAUGGGUGUUACAUGAGCGGGGGGAGCUUGUGGAGUUGGUUGACACAUCAUUGAACGGGAUUUUUGAUGCUGAGGAAGCAUGCAGGAUCUUGAAGAUUGGCCUGCUGUGCACCCAGGAUGCGCCUAAGCUCCGGCCAUCAAUGUCAACUGUGGUCGAGAUGCUAACAGGUGAGGUGAAUGUUGAGGGCAUGACGAUAAUGAAACCAGGUCUUAUCUCUGAUUUCAUGGAUCUCAAAGUCAGAGGACCCCAGAAAGAAAAGACUGAUGCGAAAAUUAGAUCUGACACAGUAUCCUCUGGAUCAGACAAGGUGGAUAAUUCAUCCUUCUCAUCAGAAAACACCACUUCCACAUAUAACAACACAACAAAUGCCACCAUGACCUUCAACUCCAUAUAUGAAAGAAGUAACUGAGAGAAGUCAUUACUACAAAUCCCCUGCAGAUUUUCCAGGUUUCUUGUGUUAUGUAAAUUUUUGUGUAAGCCCAUUAAUUAUUAUUAUUUUUUCAUUUUAAUUGUUUACAGUGGUCUAUAUAGGAAGGUAAUCUUGUAAAUGAGGACUGUUUGAUAUGUUAAAAUGUGUAUAAACUUCAGACAGGUAUGUCAAGAUGAGUUAAGUACCAUGGUGUUACCAACUUCUUCUCAUUUUAA